AUAGCAAUUAAGCGUGAACUGUUGAGGCUGGUGCUGUCGGUGGCUGCGGACAUGUCGGCAGCCAGGGGAAUCUGCUGCCACACAUCCACUGCAUCCCCUGAGACAGCUUAUGGGACCCUUCUCUGGGUGCUCCAGGACACAUCGCAUGGGAUGGCAAUGAGGCGUGGAAAGAAGAGACCCAUGUCCACCAUCCCUUGCCUCAUCCUCGCAGCCGCUAGCUGUUUUGCCAGACUGAGUGAAUCUCUGCAGGUCACAGUGCAGCCUGCCUCCAUUGUCCAAAAGUUUGGGGGCCCAGUCAGCCUGGGGUGUGUAGUGGAUCCCCCCAGAGUGAACCUCACCUGGAGACUGAACGGGAAGGAGCUGGCUGGAUCAGACGAGGUGCUGGGUAUCAACAUCGAACGAGGGAAACUUGUCAUCACGGCUCUCAACAACCACACGGUGGGGCGAUACCAGUGCAUUGCUCGUGUGCCUGAAGGAGUCAUUGCCAGUGUCCCUGCAGUGGUCACGUUAGCUA